GAAGAAGGUUUUUAGGGGACUUACCGGAAACCAAGUUUUUUUCACCCAUCAAACUCGUAACAGUGCUGAAGUGGAAAGAGGAAAAGAAAUUUCAGCCUUUGACACAGUUCCCUGUUUUUCAUCGUCAUGUUGGAUCUGAGAAAGUUGAGAAGAGGAGAAAUCAUCACUUUAAAAGCGAGAUAAAGUCCAGCGUCGAGUCCUUUCUGUUGCGCAUAACGGGAUUUCUGUUAUAUACAAAUUACAGAUCCAGUAUCAUGGAAGAUGGUGUGAAAGAGGAGACCGCCAAGCCCAAGGAGGUGAAAUGCGCUGGGAAGGCUGGUUGGUUGAAGAAAAGUUCGGGGAAGAUCUUGAGCAGCUACAAGGAUCGAUACGUUCAACUGGACCGAACUGUGAUUGACAUCUAUGAGAAUGAGGAAUUAACAACAUGUUUGGAAAAGUUGGACCUAGAGAACUACGAAAAGUGUCACGAGCUGAAGAGCACGUUCAAGAAGAAACAAAGGCUGGUACUAAUACGAAACCCCAAGAGUGGCAACAAGGUCCAAGAUGUCAAAUUUCAGGCACAGACCCCUGAAGAGAAAGAGGAAUGGAUCAAUGCAAUCUGUGAAGGAAUAAACAAGGCAAAAAAUAAAAUUUUUGAUGAGGUAAAAGUGGAGACCAGCACUUUAGAACAUGUUACGCGCUCUCGGCCCAAGGGGAAUCGUGAACGAAGACCACCAACAAGAAUACACAUGAAGGAGGUUGCAAAUGUAUCAAAUGAUGGAAUUUUAAGACUUGAUCUGGACGGAGAAGUUAUCGUGCUGAACGGAACGCAUUGCUUAAAUAAAGAUGGGGAUAAAGAAACCGAAACGUUGAAGCCGUCCGUGUCGCUGAAUGACAUUGCAGAGGAAGAGGAUGUUAAUGAAGAUACCACACCUCAGAAGAAAGUUAUAAAGCCACCAAUGCCGCCAUCAAAAGACAGCAAACCCAGUGAUAGCCAUAAGGACGAUGGGGCCCAAAGUGAGGCCCCAAAGAAGAUUCUUACACCACCCAUGCCUCCAUCAAAAGAAAACAAGCCCCGCAUCUCUUCUGUAGAGAGCGCCACUGACGAUAAAGUUGAAGGGGAGAACAGCAAUUCUGAACAAACCAAGAACGUCCAGCCUCCAGCUCCACCGUCCAAACAUAUGAAGCCCACCCAACCGGUUACUCAGAGUCAGGAGACCCAAGAGGAUCUUCAGGAGAUGGACGAUGAAGAUAUGGUAGAUGCUGCUCCAGAUGCUCAAAAGAAAAAUGAGGAAGAAGACCCGACGUUCAUUCUAUCCAAUAAGAUUAUAAAGCCCCAAGUGGUGAUGUGGGAUUCACCCACUACACCAUCAAAGGAACCACCGGUUGAACAAGAAGAGCAAAUUUCAUCGAAAGCGUCAGAUGACACUGAAAAAGUUACAACCUUGAUAGAACCUCAUCAGAUUAACGUGACACCACUUGCAACCUCUGAUUCUCUUAAAAAGAGUCCUGGACCUCCAGCUCCGCCCAAGAAGAAGCCUUUGAAGACAGCCGCCAAAACAGAAGAAGCUUCCCCGCAAGAUAACCUAACAGUCCUUACCACUCCGUCUUCGGAAAAAGUUUCGGAGCAGUCUAUCGAUAAAGUUGACAUUGGACUGACAACUCCAGAACCCAAACCUGAGCCAGGUGGUGAUAUUUCGGGUGAAGACAUAGAGGAGAAGUCUUUAGACAGCGGUCAACACUCAGGAGAAGAGUCUGAGAUCAGUGAACAGAUUACGGCUUCAACCGCAAAGUUGAAGGGAAGUUCCCAGGGUCUCGAUGGCGAGACGAGCGAAGAUGAUCUUGAUCCGCCUGACAGCAAAGCUGAAAUGUCGGAGAAGCCGUCCUUAGGAGCGCCUACCACCACUGAGAGCUCGACUCUCAACGCUCAUCCCUCACCGAGCAUCAAGUCCCUACACAUAACUGCACCCCUCAAGUGUUCCCCCAACGCCCGAUCCGCAUCCUUGGGAGACCUGCUGUCUGAAAACACUGAGAAAAAAGAGAUACAGCACGAAAGUGACGUAAAGGACUUGCAAAGUAAAGUGUCUUUUGAGAUGGCAGAGACAGAAGAGAUGCUGAGCGAAAUUGCGGCCGGACAGAGUAGCGAAACGGAUGGGGCGGCAACUCCUGAGAUCUUGCUCAACGCAGCGAUGGAAAAGCUCAGGAAAGCUGAGCAGUUCUUAAAGGAAGCCAGAAGUAUUAACAAAAACAACAGAUUAAGUUUGUAAUGGUAAGUAUUAGCAGCUGAAUUGCGUACUUCGUGUGCCGAAAACGCAACGCAUGCAAAUGAUCGAACGCAACUGUCAGUAUGUGAAUUGCCUUAGAGUUUGUUAAGCCUUAUUGCCUCUAUAUGAUGAUAGGCUUGCUACUUGCUGGUCAGUAUGUAUAUGCUACAAUUUCUUUUGUAAAUACACCAGCAAAAUCCACCAGCCAGUCAGCGUACUUGCACACUGUGGUUUUACCAUGCUUUACUCCAGUUUUACUUAUUGAAGCCUUUCUAUGUCUUAAUUCAUUUAGUUGCAUUUGGCACUUUGCUAUAUCACAUUUGAAGAACAAACCAAUUGAGUUAUAUUCAGAAUGUAGCAUAAAACAAAAUGUGAUCAGACAUCACAGUCAUUACCCCAAAUCAUUUGCACAUUACCCCAAUGUUAUGCUCUUGUAUGAAAACAGCGACAAAGAGGGACAUUUGGUGUCCAAAUUCAUAAUUUUCAUCUAUUUUGAGUUCAUAAUGAUUUGGUUUAAAGGGCACAUACAGUAUUACGCAAAAUCCACUUUUAUAAGGUGUUUGGACAUACAUGUGUGUUGACAGUGUGUAAACACAACAACCAUACAAUGAAAAAUAUCCAACCACUCCUUUUUUUAAUCCCCCUUAAACCAAAACAGUCUUAUUAGACAUGCCAUUCUUAUUCUCUUGUCAAUGUGACAUCACACUGAUAAAGCCACGCCCACGGCCACUGACUGACUGGUUAAUUUGACUCAAAAGCUUGUUUAAUGUGUACUAUUAUCUCAGACUGUAUUAUUCAGAUGUGUUUUUAACCAUAAGCACUCUGAGGAGCUGUAGCUCAUUUGCAUUUAAAGGUACACACACGAAAACAGCGCUUUUUUGCUCCCACCCAAAUAGGGGCUUUUUGGACAUGCUAUAAUAAAUUAUCUAUAGGGAAACUUCACAGACACAUUCUAGGCACACCUGAGACUCAUAUUACAUAUUGUACAAAUAUGCAUAAUAUGGCCCCUUUAAACAUAAUGGGAAUCAUAAGCUUAUGAUGACGAUUAAAUUAAACAUAGCAAUCCACAAUGUAUGGACUACCUAAUCUGAUAAAACAUCUCUGCUUUACUAUUUUUGCUACUUUGCUAUACAAAGUGUUGUACAGUUGUAUCUUAACCUUUAACACUGUGCUGCACUUCCUCAUAAACACCCCCCCCCCCAUAAAAACAACAAAACUUGAGAGCAUUUACACAUGGUAGCAUUGCGAAAGCUGAAUAAUAGUGAAAACAACAUGAGUUUAUAGUCUGUUUCUUGUUUUUUUUUUUUUUUAUAGUCGCAGCAGUUUAUUAAUAAUAUAAAGUUAAUAGCUGCCUCCUACCUGGCACAUAUGACACUCAGUUUCAUUAUGUAUAGCGGUAGACACCCACAAGUCAGAUGUAAUACAGUUAUUCUGGAUGAGAGUUUCAUUUCAACUUCGUCUUUCCCACAACAAGAAUAGGGAAGGUUACGAAGCACAGAUACUACAGACACAACAGAACUGAAAAUUGGACAUUUUCACCCAACCCACAACAACAUGUUUUAUGGUACAAUUUUGUGAUCGUGUAAAUAAUGUUUAAAAUAAACGACUUGGUUAAUUAAUAAAAAAA